GCAGGCGCCUCUUGCACGGCAAGCAGGAAGACAUGGCUGCUGGGGAGACACAGCUCUAUGCCAAGGUCUCCAACAAGCUCAAGGGCCGCAACACCUCCUCACUCCUGGACCCCCUCCUGGCCAUGGGCUUCCCUGCACAUACCGCGCUCAAAGCUCUAGCUGCGACAGGGAGGAAGACGGCAGAGGAGGCUGCAGACUGGCUGCAUGGCCACUGUAGUGAUCCUUCCCUGGAUGACCCCAUCCCCCAGGAAUAUGCUCUCUUCCUCUGCCCCACCGGGUCCUUGCUGGAAAAACUCCAAGAGUUCUGGAGGGAAAGCAAACGCCAGUGCGCAAAGAACAGAGCUCACGAGGUCUUCCCUCAUGUGACACUCUGCGACUUUUUCACGUGUGAAGACCAGAAGGUGGAGUGUUUGUAUGAGGCUCUGAGGCGUGCAGGGGACAGGAUCCUGAACUCCUUCCCUACCCUGGUUCCUCUUGUUCUCCAUUCUUCCAUCAGCUACCUCGGCUUCUUCAUCAACGACAGCCCUGCUGACGUCAUUAGGGAGUUUGCCACGGCGUUUGCCACGGAGGCAUUAGUCUUGGCAGACUGCACCGUCAAGCCCUGCACUAAGCAACUGCACCUGACCUUGGCCCAUAAGUUCUACCCUCACCAUCAAAGGACCCUGGAGCAGCUGGCCAGAACCAUCCAGCCCAGCCACACCUGCCAGUGGACAGCUGCCCUGUACUCCCGGGACAUGCGUUUUGUACACUACCAGACCCUGAAGGCACUGUUCCAGUAUAAACCCCAGAAUGCAGAUGAGCUAAUGCUCAGCCCUGGUGACUACAUCUUCGUGGACCCCACUCAACAGGAAGAAGCCAGUGAGGGCUGGGCCAUUGGGACCUCACAUCGGACUGGCUGCCGGGGCUUCCUGCCAGAGAACUACACAGAGCGAGCCAAUGAGGCUGACACCUGGGUUAAGCACAGGACAUACACAUUCAGUCUAGCCAUGGACCUGAACUCUAGGAAGGAUGGUGAAGCCAGCAGCAGGAGAAAUGGGGAAUUCCACACUCCAUCAGUGUCAGGGAACAUUAGCAGCAUACAGGCUUUGCAGGCUACCAUCAUGAGGAGAGGCGUGUUGGUAGUACGCCAUGGAGAGAGAGUGGACCAGGUCUUUGGGAAAUCUUGGCUACAGCAGUGCACUACCACCGAUGGAAAAUACUACAGGCCAGACCUGAACUUCCCCCGCAGCCUGCCCAGGAGAAGCAAUGGCAUCAAAGACUUUGAAAACGAUCCACCCUUAUCAUCCUGUGGAAUUUUCCAGGCCAGACUUGCUGGAGAGGCUCUGCUGGACAGUGGCAUCAGAAUCACCGCCGUCUUUGUGUCUCCAGCCCUGCGAUGUGUGCAGACAGCCAAACACAUCCUGGAAGAACUCAAACUGGAGAAGAAACUGAAGAUAAGAGUUGAGCCUGGAGUCUUCGAAUGGAUGAAGUGGGAAGCCAGCAAGGCCACUCCGACCUUCCUGACCUUGGAGGAGCUAAAAGAGGCAAACUUCAAUGUUGACCCUGAUUAUAGACCUGCGUUCCCCCGCUGUUCCCUCAUGCCAGCCGAGAGCUAUGACCAGUACGUGGAAAGGUGCGCCGUGAGCAUGGGGCAGAUCAUCACCACAUCCCCACAGGACAUGGGCAUCACCCUCAUCGUGAGUCAUAGCUCAGCGCUCGACUCCUGUACUAGGCCACUCCUCAGGCUCCCACCCAGGGAAUGUGGUGAUUUUGCCCAACUGGUAAGAAAGAUCCCAUCUCUGGGAAUGUGCUUCUGUGAAGAAAACAAAGAGGAGGGGAAGUGGGAGCUGGUGAACCCGCCAGUGAAGACGCUCACACAUGGGGCCAACUCUGCCUUUAACUGGAAGAACUGGAUCUCCAGCAACUGAGCCAAGCCCAGCUCCUCAGCAAGAGGUGCCUGCCCCAUGCCAAGGCAGGAGGGGCUGUGAAUAUGAUUACAAAGGCAUCCUAGCCCCUCACUGCCAUGACUUGGAGAAGCAUAAAAAUACACUUAAUAUUCAGGGUAUUGCCACGGCACAUACCUUUGUCGCUGUGGGUCUUGCUGCCCUGCCAGCCUGACUGUGGAAGCCAGAGCAGAGGUUUGGAUUAGGACACCACAUUGUAACAGAGGGACAGCCCCACUUCCAGGACCCACACUGGAAGAUGACCCCCUCCUGUUCUGUGUGUUCUUAGGAGCCCUCUUUCCUUGUGUAACAAUUGCUCUUUAGCAAGGGCCACACCAGCUGAAAGAGGAACAGUAGGCAAUAAAAGAGACAGCUUCAUCGGAGCAAAACCAGGACAGUUGCUGGCACCGGCACAUGUGUGUAUUGGCUCUGUGCUGCUGUAGGGACACAUUGCUGCAAACACAGUGGUGAUCGAGGCAGCGCAAAAUUUCUAAUGCACACGUACCAGUGUGUGGUUCUGCAGGUCAGUGUGGGCUGUGUUCCUCCACAGAGUCUAAAGGACCUCUCCCCAGCCAUUUCCAGAAUCAAGAGGCAGUUAUACUUUCUGCCAUCAUAUUUAUACUGUCCUAUUGUAAAUCAGUCAAUUUGGGGAAGUUCUAAGGCAUGGUCACACACACACUCCCUCCCCUGAGCCUCCUGCCUCCUCUUCUCAAAGACCCUAUGACAACUUGUUCUCGGUGACCUAGAAUCUUCUCAAGAUCCUGACAACCAUGCCUGCAAUGUCCCUUAGCCACAGAGGUCACAAGUUCAUGGUCCCAGAAAUAGGAUGUGGAUGUCUUUGAAGCCAUUCUCCAUCCCGCCUCAGCCUCUGUCCUUCCAAGCACAUCAUGGCUAUUGUACAAGGGUCUAGACAUAAAGAUCUGAGUCCCAUAUGCA